GGCGGCGGGGCAGACGGCGCACGCCGGGGGCGGAGCCGGACCCACGUCUGCGUGACAGUUGUCGCGGGGGGGAGGGCGAGCCCAGACUAGGGGGAGGGAGUGUAAAUAGAGCGAAGGCGGCGGCGUGUCGAUCCCGUCACCUCCCGGGCGACCCGCGAGAAGCCCCGGAGGGAGAUGGAAGAAGAUGAGCAAGAGCAGCGGCGCAGAAAGGUGGAGGCCGGGAGAGCGAAGCUUGCUCACUUCCGACAGAGAAAAACAAAAGGUGACUGUGCGCAUCCGAAGAAAAAGACGGCGAAGAGGAAGGGCCCGGCUGUCGAUGCGCCUGUCCAGGAGGAGAGCCCGGUAGCCACCGAGGAUGGUGGACUCCUGGGAAGAGGGGGCGUUUGCAAAGACGAGUCAUGCAGUGACACCCCUGAUGGGGCAGGAGCAGCGCAGGACCGUGAGCAAGAAUAUAAGCUAGAAAUUGCGGAACUGAUGAGAAGACAGAAGGAUGAGGUCGGCGCACAGCAGCAGGUGGCCGUGGAGCCCCAGCGGCCGACAGAGAUGCAGCAGGUGCGGCUGCAGGCCCAGCCGGUGCCUUCCCUGGAGCUGGAGGCGCUGCGCCUGAGUCUGAGCAACAUGCACACGGUGCAGCUGGAGCUGACCCAGGCCAACCUCCAGAAGGAGAAGGAGACGGCGCUGACGGAGCUGCGGGCCAUGCUGAACGGUCGGCAUGCCCAGGAGCUGGCCCUGCUGCGGAGCAGGCAGCAGCAGGAGCUCGAGCUGACCAGGGGGCAGCACGCGCGGGAGCGGGAGGAGACGGUGCAGCGCUGCAGCCGGGAGACAGCCGAGCUGAAGGAGAAGUUACAGGCAGAAAUGGAGAAGAACGCGAGGACGAUAGAGAACCUGAAGCAAGACUGGGAAUCGGAGAGGGGUUUAUGCUUAGAAAACCUACGCAGAGAAUUGUCUGCAAAGCAUCGGUUGGAAUUGGAGAAUUUACAAGACCAGUUUAAGAAAGAAUUGGCCGAACAGAAAGCUGAAUUGGAGAAGAUUUUUCAAGCCAAAACUCAGGCCGAAUGUGCCCUGAGGACUCUGGAGACCCAACAGGAAGCAGCCCUGCGACAGUUUCGCGAAGACCUGCAGUCUGAGCGCGGUCAGUACGUGCGGGACUUGGAGCAGAGACUCCGAGACCAGGAGGCAGAAAAACAGCUGGAGUUAGAGAGCCUCCGGGCAUCCUACGCAGAGCUGAAGGCUCAGUCGCAAGAAGAGAUCCGGCGCCUGUGGUCUCAGGUCGAGUCUCCGACACCUGACAGACAGGACUCGAGUGAGUUCAACGACCAGCUCCCGGCCCUCACGCCUCACGGGGAAGAGCUAGAGCGCCUAAGGCGAGACUUCCAGCAGCAGCAGCAGCGAGAGAAGGCCGAGCACGAGUCUGAGCUGGAGCAGUUGAGAAUUUACUUUGAGAAGAAAUUAGAGGAGGCUGAGAAAAGCUACCAAGAAGACCUGAUUGUGUUACAGCAGCGGCUGCAGGAGGUGAAUGAAGAGUCUCUUCUGGAGUCUGUGGAAAUCAGUCCACCCAGUGUGUGUUUAGAAGAGAGGUCUGAGAAAGGAAGAAGAGAACACUGCGACGGACUUCGCCUUCAGCCUGAGUUAGAAGAAAACCACUGGUGCCAACCAGCAGCGUUGAAGUCCUCCCUGGAAGCCCGGCCGGAGGUGGGCCUCGUAGGGACCCAGGUGUUGGAAGGGGAGCAACGUGUGGGUCUCUCAGAAGGGCCCGGCGAAGAGCUUGCUCUGGUGCCGCUCCCGUGUGCACAGGACACGGCCUUGGAGGUGGAGACAGAGGUGACGGCCAGAGUCUUGGGUUUGGAAACUGAGCACAGGCUUAAACUCUCACUUCUUCAGACGGAGCUCAGGGAAGAAAUUGACGUCUUAAAACUAGAAAAUAGAAAUUUACAUGAGAAGUUGCAGCACGAAAUCUGCCUGAAAGAGGACUUGGAGAGGAGUGUGCCCUGUGCGGGAGGAGAGCCCCGCUGCACCACCCACGCUGGCGGAGGUCUGGCGUGUAGGCCUCGCCUAGAUUCCCGGCCGCUUUCACCGUUUUUAAAAGAACGUAAAGAAAUCACAGAGAAAUUCACUGCGGAACAGGAUGCCGUCCUUCGGGAGGCCCAGGAGAAGCACGCCUGUGAGCUGCGUCUCCUCCAGGAGAGACACCAACAGCACAUUCUGUCCUUGACGGCGGAACUGGAGGCCAGGCACCGGGCUGAGGUAGAGGAGCUGAAGGCCUCGGUGGAGAGUGAGCAGUGGGCUCUUUCAGAAGCCCGUAUGGCUGAACUGCAGACACAGCAUGCUGCGGCGGUCAGUGCUUUGGAGGCAAGACACUCGUCACACCUGGAUUCUCUGGAAUCGCGUCACCUGUCUGAGAUGCAGACCAUGCGGGAGGAGCACAGGUGGGCUCUAGAGCAGCUGAGAGCGGACCUGGAGAAGCAGCUGCAGAAGAAGGAUGCUUCUCACCCCACCGCUCUGACUCAGGAGCUACACAGGCAGGCACUGAAACAUGGCCAGGAGCUUCCGCCUGCGGACGAUGGCCUGAGGACGCAGAGGAGCGGGAAUCAGGGUGAGGGUGUGAAAGCCCUGGUGCCCCCUGAGCUUCCGGGAGUGCAGCAGGGUGAAUUUGAAAGUGAAAAGAAGGAAGUUGCUUUGCAUGAAAAGGAGGAGAUACAUAGGCUGGAGUAUGAGCAAGCACAGUCUCUUUACCAAAAAGAGAAAGAGUCUUUGUUUCUGCAGCUUCAGGAGAAGAAUAACCAAAUUCUGCAGCUGAAAGACAAAAUUUUAUCCUUAAGUCACGAGGUAGAAGAGCGCCAUUCUGAAGUGGAGAAGCUACAGCAAAGGCGUGACAGGGAAAACCAGGAAGGCACAAAUCUCAUCUCGAUGCUCAAGUCCGACAUUGACCUGUCUGACCGUGAAAGGAGAGCGCUCCGAGAUGCUCUGCGGAGGCUGCUCAGUUUAUUUGGAGAAAUGCUGAAGGCUGCCAUCACCCUGAAGAGCCGGAUCAGUGAGCGCGUGGGGCUCUGUCUGGAGGAUGAGGGCCUACCUGAUGCACGGCCCAGUGGCCAGGCCCUGUUUGCAGUACCAGUGCUUGAUGAGACGUGGCCUGGGUCCGAGGCAGCCCUGCUGGAGCUGGACAAAACUUUGUCUGAAUGUGUGGAGAUGUCUUCAGACGCUGAAAUUAGCAGUCACAUCUGUGAAAGCUUUUUCAUGAGCCCAGAAAGUUCGCUGGAGUGUGAGCAGCCAAUUAGGAGAAUUUACCGGAGCCUUGGCCUGGCGGUGGAUGGCCUGCUGGAGCUGGCUCUGGACUCUACUAGGCAGCUGGAGGAAGCACGUCAGAUUCAUUCUCGUUUUGAGAAGGAAUUUAGCUGUAAGAACGAGGAGACCGCGCAGGUCGUUAGAAAGCACCAGGAGUUACUGGAGCGCCUGGAUGAGGAGAACGCGGCCCGCACGCGGCUGACGCUGGAGCUGCACCAGGCGCAGGGCAUCAUCGAAGGGUUCAAGGUGGAGAAGGCCAGCCUGCAGGAGGCUCUGGGCCAGAAGGAGACGGCCGAGCAGGGCCUCGCUGUGGAGCUGGAGAGCCUGAGGCAGCAGCUGCAGCGGGCGACCCAGCAGCAGGCAGAGCUGAAGGAGGAGAACUCCGCCCUGUGGACCCAAAAGGAGGCCUUGGCCGCAGAAGCGGAAGAGAGAGAAGCUGGCACUCCUGUUCCCAUAGCACACGAGGACUCAGCUCUCCGUAGGGAAGUGGAAUGUCUAACCCAGGAGCAGUCGGAGGCCAGGAAGCAGUCCGAGAGAGACCGCGCUGCUCUGCUUUCCCAGAUGAAGGUUUUCGAGGCUGAGCUGGAGGAACAGCUGUCCCGGCAUGAAGCGUGUGCCAAGCAGGCUGAGGAGCUCUCUUCGCUGAAGCAGCAGAUGGUGGCUCUGGACAAGCACUUGAGGAACCAGCGCCAGUUCAUGGACGAGCAGGCUGUUGACAGGGAACACGAGCGGGAAGAGUUCCAGCAGGAGAUCCAGAGGCUGGAGGAGCAGCUCCGACAGGCGGCUCGGCCACGGCCCCGGGGCCCCUGUGUCAGCGAUCAGGAGCCGCUGUAUGAGCAGGUUGAAUUGUUACAAGAACAGUUGAGAGAGAAAUCAGAUGGGUUUAAUGAGUUGGUUAUAAAGAAAGAGUUGGCGGACAGACAAAUGUUAAUCCAGGAAGAGGAAAUCAAACGUCUGGAGGAGACAAAUGUCAGCUGCAGAAGAGAGGCGGCCCAGCUGCGGGAGGAGCUGGAGAAGCAGAGGGACACUGUGAAAGCGUUGCAGCAGGUAGCCGCCUGUGCCUCGCUGGGGGCUCCGUGGGGCUGGCGGGGCUGA